GCCCGCCCGCCCCCAACGGGCGCACGACCCUGUACAUCUUCCACAAGAGUGUGCUCAAAGGCUGCGCCGGGCCCUCUUUACCUCCUCCUCGCCCGCGGGCUAAUCGACGAUGGCCAUCUUUAAGAAGAAGGGCAAGAAUGACCGCGAGCAUGGCGCGCGGUCCCCUACAAACAGUCCUCCUGUCCAGGUUCAACAAUCCAUGAUCGCUGCCGUGCAGCGCGGAGCGUCGGACACCUACCCUCCGCCCAGCGCGCCCAUGGGCUCAAACCCCAAACGCAUGACCAACUCUAUACAGUUUGGCGCUGUCCCUCCGUCUGUUCUCCAGAGCGCCCCAACCGGUCGCGCUUCGCCUGGUCCAGGAGGGCUACAGGGCGGCGGCUACAACGUUGGCAUGGGGUUACCAUCGUCGAUGCAGCAGGGCCACCUGCAGCACCAGCAGCAGGCAUCGCUCGGCUCGAUGAACGGCCCAAUGUCUCCGUUGGCGAUGGUUUCGGCCCAGAACAUGGGCCCACCAAGCAUGCAACAUCAGCAGCAGCAACAGCAGCAGCAGCAGCAGCAGCAGUUUCAGCAGUUCCCGCAGCAGUCGCAGCACCAGCAGCAGGCUCAGCAUCAACAACAGGGCGGAGCGCUGCAGCAGAUUCCUCCGCACAACCCGGGUUACCCGUGGUCGACCAGACCUCUCCGUCUGUAUCAGCCGCGCGAACACUCGCAGCCUCUCUCCCCGUUCCCGCGGUACGGACUCAGUGUGCCGCCCUACCCGUCGCACUCUGGCCACAUGCUGCUGUUUGGCGGCUUAGUAGCUGAUCGCGCUCACAACGAUCUGUGGAGCUUGGACGUGCGCGACCACUCGCUCCAACUAGUCAAGACGCGCGGUGAAGCACCGCUGCCUCGUAUCGGCCAUGUGAGCGCUAUUGCCGACCGUAUCAUGCUCGUGUUCGGCGGCGACACCAAGGUCGACGAGAAAGACAAGCAGGACGAGGGCCUUUACGUCCUCGACCUGCGGACGCAGGAGUGGUCUCAUCUCCCCGUCGUGGCUGGACCAUGCGGGCGUUAUGGCCAUGCCGCUUGUAUGCUCGGCGGCAAUUUCUACGUCCACGGCGGUCAUGUCGAUGGCAAGAACUUUGACGACUUGUGGGCAUUUGACAUCCGUCAGCUUGGGAGAAACGACGGACAAUACACCUGGGAGCGCAUCCAGUACAACUCGCCCGCCCCGCUCGCGCGUACUGGCCACACCAUUGUGCCGUACCAAAACCAGCUCUUCCUGUUCGGUGGUACGGACGGCGACUACCACUACAACGACUCGUGGUCGUUUGACAUCGCCACGAGCGUCUGGACUGAGCUGGAGUGCAUAGGAUACAUUCCUAUUCCCCGCGAGGGCCACGCCGCAGCCAUUGUCGACGACGUUGUCUACGUGUUUGGUGGCCGUGACGUACAUGGCAAAGACCUUGGCGACCUCGCUGCAUUCAGAAUUUCCAACAAGCGCUGGUACAUGUUCCAGAACAUGGGACCUUCCCCCAUGGCCAAGUCAGGCCACAGUCUGUGUGCUGCGCAUGGCAAGGUCUUCGUCAUCGGCGGAGAGUCCAACUUGGCGCCAGAGGUGCCUCGAGACGACCCAAACGUGAUCCACAUUCUUGACACAGGUAAAAUCAAGUAUCCAUCCGACAGUCAGUCGCCUGGUGGAACACGGCCCCCUCAGCAAGCUCGGCCACGAACAACGUCGGAUGCGACCGACCGCCGCCCGGCCAAUGGCAUUAGUUCCAACGGCAGCAGUCCCUACGGAAUGGGGCCUUCAGGCAACGCACAGGCCGCCUACAUGGCAUCACGAUCUGUUGACAACGUGUCGCGGGCCAUGUCUCCUCCUCAAAUCGCAUCAGAGCCGCGCCCUCUGAUCGUUACAAACGACACGGGAUCCAAACACUCCAAGCAUACGCCCCGCUCGGAGUCGCUUGACUCGACGGGGCCGCCCAGCGGCGGGCCGCGCAUGAAUGGCCAGGCCCAACCUAUGGGCAUGCCGCAGCAGAUGCUGCAGGGCGCUUCGCUCCCGCAGGGUGCGCCUCCGCAGCGCCCACGCCGCGAGGGCGAUGAGGAGUACCGCCGCGCAAUGUCGCCUCCCGAGGUGACUAUCAACGGCACCCCGAACACCUCAUCAUCAAGCCCUACCAACGAAAGCGUGGUUACGCCAAACGGCGACGUUGUGACGCACGUUGCGCCCCGUCGCUCUGUCUCGCCACCGCCCCCUGGUCACGUUGCGAGCCACACAGUUCACCCAAAUCUUCGCAGCACCCGCAGCCCUCCUCCGCAGCUUCGUGCUGGAGAGGAUGGCCGCCCUGCACUCCCUCCUGACGCUUUCUACUUUAGUGGCAAGUCUGCCACGGGCACCAGCCGCCCUGGAUCCAUGUUGGGCCGGCCUGGGUCUAUCCUCGGGCGACCAGGUUCAAUCGUUGGCAACAGGCCUGGCUCUGUCGCCGGCACCGCCGACUUGUUGCGCGAAAUCAAGGCUCGUGAGACGGAGGCAGACAACGCCAAGCGCCGCGAGGGUGCGUUGCGUGUGCUCCUCAGCAGGGCGAUCGAGCAAGGCUUUGUCGUGGACGAUGACUCGGCUGAUGUGCCGCCGCCAGAUGUCUUUGGCGACAACGAGCAGCUUCGCCACGUCGCGCUGGCGUUGAAACAGCUCAAGCAGGAGAAGGCCAAUCUCCAGAACGAGGUCACACAGCAGAUGCAGCUUGCGUCCGAAAAGAUCCAUGACUCUGAGCGCAUGCAAAAGGCGGCGCUGCAGGAGGCGGCGUACUAUCGUGCCAAGCUCGCCGCUCUCGAAUCUGGGGACACCAACGAAGUCUCGAAGCUUGAUGCCACGCGCAUCGCUGACCUUGAGCGGCAACUCGAGGCCACAACCACCGAGCACGCUGGAGGACAGCGUGACUUGGAGCGCCUCAAAUCCGAGGCCGCGCACCAUCAGAAGCUCUGCCAUGACGCCACCGAGGCCGAGACCGAGACGCUCAAGCGUGCCGAGCUCGCCGAGGAGGAGAUUGCGCGGCUGCAGGAGGAGAUCGAGACGCUCAGAGAUCAAGUGGCCAACCACGACCGGUCGACGCGCGAGCAGACCGAGCGGUUCAUCACCCUCACGUCGACGCAUCAGCAGCGUCAGGCCGAGCGUGACGACUACAAGACGCAACUCGAUGAGCUGCAGGGCAAGAACGACGAAUUCGCCAAGCUUCUUGAGCAGGCACAGGCGUCGAUGGCUGCCACCAACCUCCGCGCCGACGAGUUUGAGUCCAUGCACAAACAAGCGAAGGAGCACAUCGCAGCACUCGAGCAGGAGCUGGCUGAACUCAAGCGCGCUCUUGAGGACAAGACACGCGAGGCCGAACAAGCUACCGCACGACUCGCAGAGGCCGAGGGUCUUCAUACCUCUGCCCGCGAGGAAGUCACCAACUACCGCAGCCUCACCAGCGGUCGACUCGGUGAGCUCCUCGAGACGCACCGCGCCCUGCGCGACGACAACACGCGCGGCGUCAAGGGUCACCAGGACCAGAUGCGCGCUCUUGAAGAGGAGAAGGGCUCGUUGCUCAAGCUCCUCCGCGACGCAGGUGAGCGUGUCGACGCCACUGAGGCCGUCGCCAGCUCGCACCGCAAGAAGGCACGCGAGCUUGAGCAACAGCAGCACACCCUGCGUGGCGAGGUACGCGCCCAACGUACAAAGCUCGUUGCAGCUCAGAACGAGCUCGCCAAGUACCGCGACCUCUUUACCAACAAGGAUUCGGAGCUGCGCGAGCGCGACCAGGCCGUCACCGAGCUGCAGACGCGAGUGUCGCUUAUGCGCAAGCUGCUCGGCGAGCACGGCAUCAACGUGUCCGACGCCGAUCUCGAAUCGGCCGAGACAUCAAGUGCCGGCGAGCUCGAGUCCAAGCUCCGCGACAAGUCGCGUGCGCACGACACGGCGCAGCGCGAGAUCGACGAGCUCAAGCGCCGCUGCCAGGAGGCCGAGGACAAGGCUGACUCGCUUACUCGCAUGGUUGAGCGCUACAAGGACUCUCGUAGCCCGAGUGCCGGCUCCAUACGGUCUGGCGACGGCGAGGGUGGGGACGCAAACCAUCGUGCGUCCGAGGCCGAGCGCAAGCUCGCCGAAGCCGAGGAGGCGCACCAGAAGCGCCUCACGGCGCUGCAGAGCGACUACGAGACCGCUGUCCGCUAUGUCAAGGGCACGGAGAAGAUGCUGAAGCGCAUGAAGGACGAGCUCAACAAGCAGAAGGCGACGAACACCACGCUCCUGUCGGAGCUGGACGGUAUGCGCGGGCGCGCAGGGUCACCACUCACGCGGGGUCUCUCUGGACGAACAACACCCUCGGACGGCGAGCUCACGCGCAAAAUUCACACCCUGCAGAACCAAUACACUGCCUUGCAGGCGGAGCUGCAGGCGUCACAAGACACGCUGAACGCGCGCAACCGCGAGUGGGAUCUGCUGCGCGCACGUGUCGAAGAAAACGAGCGAGAAAACGAGGCGUUACGCGAGGAUCUGGCGCAGGCGCACCACCGCAUCGAGACGUUGCUAGAGAUCAACCCGGCCGGGAUCAUGGGCUCGGACGACGAGGAUGACCGGUUAGGAGGGCUGCGGCGGGGGUCUACGGCGUCGAGCGACGGCGGCACAUCUAUGGCGUUUGACAAGUUUACGAAGGAGUUGAAGCAGUGGGAGCGGGCACGGUCACCGGACGCGCAUGACGAGGAUGUGAGCGAGCACGAGGCACGGCUGAACGGCAAGGCUAUGUCACCGAACCCCGCGGCGGCGGCGUACCCCGCGCUCCCGGCCAAGGCGUCCGGCUCCGCAGCGCAGGGGCCGCCGCACGGCCGCAACGUGUCUGGCGAGUGGCAGUAACGGACGAUGAGACGAUUCCCGCGACGAGCAUAUGACUACCCGUAGUAUCCAUACCGUACAAUGACGAAUGCGGCCACGCUGCCGGUCUGCUUG